UGUUUGGUUAUGAUUAUUGUCCAUUCUUAAACUGCGAAGGUGACAAGUUGAGUUAUAUACAUGUACGUUAAAUGAUUUGGUACGAACAAUAAGAAAAAAAUGUUGAUGCAAGUGUCGCAAAGUUCCUUGACGACAGUCGCUUUUACUAACAGUGCAGUGCGAAGAAGAAGUGUCUGUUUUUUGAAAAAAUGUAGCUUCUCCUCUCAAAAGACAAUUAAUAAUAAAAUAACACGAAAAUCAAUCGUCACACCAUUUCCUCCACUAACUCAGCCAGUACCUAAUUUACCUAAAGCAGUUUAUGCCACUGCUAAAGAAGAACAUCAGGUUACUAAAAUUACAGUUUUAUCGAAUGGAUUGAAAGUUGCCUCGGAAAAUCGAUUUGGCCAAUUUUGCACAGUAGGCGUAUUACUUGAUUCUGGCCCUCGAUAUGAAAUUGCAUAUCCCCAUGGAAUUUCACAUUUCCUAGAGAAAUUGGCAUUUGGAUCCACCAAAACUUAUAAGAAUAAAGACCAGAUAAUGCUUGCGUUAGAGAAACACGGAGGCAUAUGUGAUUGUCAAGCAUCUAGGGAUACAUUUGUUUAUGCAGCGUCGGCUGAACGUCGUGGAUUGGAUACUGUUGUACAAAUUCUGGGUGACAUUGUUUUAAGGCCUCAAAUUACACAAGAGGAGAUAAAUGCUGCAAGACAAAUGAUCAAAUUUGAAUUGGAAUCUUUACUUACAAGGCCAGAACAGGAGCCGAUACUUAUGGAUUUAAUUCAUGCGGCUGCAUAUAGAAAUAAUACCCUUGGACUUCCAAAGAUUUGUCCAAAAGAAAAUGUUGAUCACAUAGAUAGAAAAAUAUUAUUUGAAUAUUUAAAAUAUCAUUACACACCACAUAGGAUGGUAGUAGCUGGAGUUGGUGUAGAGCAUGAGGAUCUCGUUUCAGCAGUUCAAAAAUAUUUUGUUGAAGAAAAAUCGAUCUGGGAGGAAAAAGGAGGACAAGUACAAAAUGACUCCGUAGGAAAACAUUUAAAUACAGUUGAUACUUCGAUUGCUCAAUAUACUGGAGGUUACAUACUAGAAGAAUGUAAUGUUCCUGUAUAUGCAGGACCCAGUGGUCUACCCGAGUUGUCGCACGUUGUAAUAGGCUUGGAAGGCUGUUCUCAUCAGGACUCGAAUUUUGUAGCAAUGUGCGUUUUAAAUAUGAUGAUGGGCGGUGGUAAUAGUUUCAGUGCUGGUGGUCCAGGAAAGGGAAUGUAUACUCGUCUGUAUACAAAUGUACUUAAUAGAUAUCACUGGUUGUACAGUGCAACUGCGUAUAAUCACGCGUACGCCGACACAGGACUGUUUUACAUUCACGCAUCUUGUACACCAUCUCAUGUCAGAGACAUGGUGGAAGUGAUUGUGCACGAGAUGGUCACUAUGGCAAACAAUAUUACGAAUAAUGAGUUAGCGAGAGCAAAGAAACAAUUGCAGUCUAUGUUACUCAUGAAUUUGGAGCAAAGACCGGUUGUAUUUGAAGAUAUUGGAAGACAAGUUUUGGCAACUGGUUCUAGGAAACGACCAGAAUACUUCAUAAAAGCAAUUGAUGAGAUAUCAAAAGACGAUGUAAAAAGUGUAGCACGUCGUUUGCUUAAAUCACCGCCUAGUGUAGCAGCUCGAGGGGAAGUAAGAACUGUUCCUUCAAUCCGAGAUAUUCAAGCUGGAUUAAUUGAUGAGCAAGGCAGAUUACCCGGUUCCCGUAGCAGAUUGUCACUUUUUCGUUAAUUUAAAUUUGCUUUCUAAAAUCUCAUACGUUCUUUUGAUUAAAUUAAAGUUUUAUAUUUAAAAUAUCACAUGUGUAAUUAAAAGUUUUUUUGUUAAUUUA